UGCGACCAAGACCAGUGCAUUCAGAGCACCAAAUUCGUUUUGCAGGCCGCAGCCACGCCCCUGCUGCAGAGCGAGCCCAGCCUCACCAGCGACGAGCUGCACCUGCCCGGGAAGCCGGGCCUGGGCACGCCCUGUGCCAGCCUGACGCUGGGCCAGCCCACGCCGCCCUCCUCCCUGCCCAACCUCGCCACCGAGGCCACACUCACAGACAUAAUGCCCCUGAAGGACGAGCACGUGGGCCACCAGUUCCUGACCCCGGAUGAGGCGCCCUCACCCCCCAGGCUGCUGGCGGCAGGCAGCCCCCUGGCCCACAGCCGCACCAUGCACGUCCUGGGCCUGGCCAGCCAGGACACCCUGCACGAGGACUCGGUGCGAGGCCUGGUGAAGCUCAGCUCCGUGUGACAUGCCGGCCAGGCCCUGGGGGACUGCCCAGGUCUUCCACGGAGGUGGUGGGUGUGUCCCACAGCGACCUUCUCCCGACUGAAUAACAUGGUGAAGGUGACCACUCA